AUGGUGAUAACCGCGCCGAAGCCGCCCCUGGCACCCGUAGUGAAGACUGGCCAGCUAGUUGAGGCCCUCCCUGUGCUCCCGCCGUCUGUGUCACCGGCUGCGUCGGAUAUGUCGGCUGCCGCGUCUGCUCCGCCCGUUCCUGCUCCGACGGUGCUUGAUCCUGCUGGGUCUGUUCCGGUUCAGGAGCCCCCUGUCGCUGUUGUCUCCCCUCCUGCCGCGGCUGGCGCUGCCGUUCCGCCGAGCCUCGCCGCCCCUGUCGUGCUGACCCCUGCUGUUGACGUGGCGCAGCCGGCGGUGUCCGCCACCACUGGCGGCCUGGGCCCUGUGACGGCGAUUGGCGAGGCUGUUCGGCCUGCUCCUGUGAUACCUCCUGUUGGCCAAGUCGUGCUCCCGAUCGCUCCUGCCCCUCCAACUGCGGCCCCCACUGCGGCUCCCCCCGCUCAACGUCAGCCGUCCCCGGGCCGCCGUCAGCAUCGGCCUCACUCCCCUGUGCCACGAGACGAGCGGGAGACGUCAAGGCGGCGGCACGAUUCUCCUCGGCGCCGAGCCGUUCCUCCUCCUCAUGCUCACUCUGCAUCUGGUGCUGCUCUUGAAAACCGUAUGCGUCUGCCGUGGGUUCCUCCCGUGGCAGGUAUGGAGUUCGUGACCGCGGGAGGAGGACCGGUGACGGCGCAGUAUCCAUCUCUUCUGCCCGUGGCUCCUCCUCCUCCUGCUGCUGCGCUAUCUCAGCAGACCCUGGUGGGGCCAUCUCCAUCAGCCGUGGUGCCGGAAGCGUCUCUGGGGCAGUUGUGGCGCCUCUCUGAGGGCCUGCGGGCUGUUCACCUGAUUCAGGUGUAUGGUCACGCGGCUCUCUCCCAGGGUGUUCCUCUGGAUGGCCCCCCUCGGGACGAGUGCUUGGAUGCCGCUGAUCGGCUGGGCGAGCUCCUGGCGCCCGUGUUGGCUGCGCCCGCGCGGGGUGGAGUUGCGGGCGUUGGACAGCUUGGGACGGCAGUCCGUGGUCUGCGCCGGUUCUUGCGCGCAGGGACUGCAGUCGACUUGAUCGGCGCAACCACUGUGGUGGUGCGCGAGCUUCAUCGUUCUCUGACGGGUCUUCUCGCCGUCCUUGACGCGGAUCAGAUGUAG